CUUCAACAACUCCCUGCGCCAACACCAUUCAAACGGAUCUCCACACGUUGAAUCUGGCAAUCACUGGUGAGGAAGUCUCCUUCUACAUGAACUUGAUCGGAAUCUGGCACUUUGGAAAUGCAUGGAUUCCAAAACUUCGAAUUUGGGUGGGUUUCUUAGGGCCACAUUCCACAGAGCACCUUAGGGGGAGGCAGGAGGCGAGCGAGAAGUGUGGAACGUUGAUCAGGGAUUUAAUAUUUGGCUCCUUUCACAAAAACCACGAUCGAAAGCCAGGUUCUUGUCUCUUUCUCUCAAGAACUUUCCGCAGGCAAUCAAAUCCGUUUUCAACUUUAUUCAAUCAACUUUCAAUUUUUAACAAUCAAUUAACUUAUUUCAAAUUGAACAAAACUCUUUGGACAAGAUCUUUGAUCGAUAAUUGAUUUCUUUUUAUCAUCUAGUGGACAGUUGAACAAAGAAGAUUGUGACUAAUGAGCGAUUGGGAUGAUCUCUUUGGAGAAGACAUGCACGUCGAUGAUCAUGAUGAUAGCGGUGGCCGACCACCCAACGAAACCUCAUUAAGACCAUCUAGCGCGAUGUCGAUCUCCGGGCCAAAUGACUCACCCCAGACCGCUCCGGCUACACUGUUCCGUCCGCCUCUGCCACGAAACACGCCUGCCUCUGCUGCCCCGUCUCGCCCUUCCUCAAGCCGCGCCAGUGUGAAGAAAUAUGCUGAUCUUCUGAAACUCACAAAGGAGAAUCAAGAGGUAUUGCAGAAGAUGUACGAUAACACACUGCCCGGUGAAGAGUAUUUAGGUAUGCUUUCCUACCUGGUCUUUUUAUGUCAAGAAUCAAAAGUUUCAUCUGGGUCAAAGUGGGUAUCGGGAAAAGUCAUUCGAGACGAUUUUAAAGCGCAGGUGACCGAAUUCAUCUUUCGAGCUGACCUUCAGGCUUACAGCAAGACGGUCGCUGGAGAUCACACCACUAUAGUACAAAGUCUAGAGAUUCUCACAUUUAAUUAUCUCCAAGGUCUCAAGCCUGAGUAUAUAGAUGAUCAUGGCCCUUGUGAUUACGUUGCAGGCGAGGGUUGUGUUCCGGGCACCGCGAUGUACUUAUUCAUCAAGGACACUUUGAAGAACCAGCGUAGUAAGGUACGCGCGGCGCUUCUCACCAACAUCCUGAGUGUUGCUGAGGGAAGUGUACUCAAGGUACCGGCUUCGAAAUCGAUUGUACUGCAGGUUGCCCGAAUGUUUUUUCCCGCAGUAAAAGCUUUGAAAGACGAUGAUGCAUUGGCCCAUUUGGGGCGCGCUAAGGUGAAGAGGAUGAUCUUCAUGCGAUAUGUCACAGCUUUCAGCUACCUCGAUCACACUGCAAACAAAAAGCGCUGCCAAUGGACCCUUAUGGACGAGGCCCUGGCUGAUCUUCGCGCAAGACCUGACAGUGAUGUGCCCUUGUACUUUGACCAAAUUGCCCGUUAUGACCGGGAGACUUUUACUGGGAAGAAAACAUGGGCGACUAUCAAAGCCUCCGGAACAAUUCCACCACCCUUUGUGGACCAAGUGCUAGCAGCAGCGAACUCGAGUAAUGGUAAUGUGUCGGGGGGGUCUGGCAAUCAGGGUAUGGAGGAGGAUUUCCAGGAGGAGGAUCAAACCCCAGUGUAGAUAGUUUGAACGCUAUAAUCAAAAGCCUGUGUUGUUGCAAAGAUGGCCGAGAGUUUCUUUAAUCGAUGUAAAGGACCUUUUUGCACCUGCUC